CAAACCGGAAGUGAGAGCGGGCUGUCUGAAACAGACAUGGCUGGUUUGCUAGCAGGCAGGAGCUCAAGCUCAGCAAUGUUUCCUCUAACACGGCGAACAACACACCGCUCAUGGAUAUGCUGUGUAUUUCUGGCGAUGUGUCUAACGCCGCUGCCGGCCUCUGCAAAGCGGGACAGCCUCAGAGAAGUGACCGACGAGAACUGGGAGGAAAUCCUGUCAGGAGAAUGGAUGAUUGAAUUCUACGCACCCUGGUGCCCCGCAUGCCAGCAGCUGCAGCCGGUGUGGAAGGAGUUUGCGGACUGGGGGGAGGACAUGGGUGUCAACAUAGCCAAGGUGGACGUGACGGAUCAGCCCGGUCUGAGUGGGCGAUUCAUCAUCACCUCACUUCCUACUAUUUACCACUGUAAGGACGGUGUCUUCAGGAAGUACCAAGGAGCUCGCACCAAAGACGACUUCCUCAGCUUUGUCGAUGAGCAGAAAUGGCAAGCAGUGGAGCCCGUCUCCUCUUGGUUGGGGCCAUCUUCCAUUCUAAUGAAUUCCAUGUCCGCCUUGUUCAAGCUCUCCAUGUUUAUCCGGCGUUGCCAUAACUACAUGACCGAGCAGCUGGGGAUUCCUGUUUGGGGCUCCUAUGUUAUCUUUGGCUUGGCCACUCUGUUCUCGGGUCUUGCUUUGGGACUGUUGCUAGUGUUCAUCGCAGAUUUCGUCUUCCCCUCGCGACGAUUUUCCUCUCCGGAUUACUAUCAGAAGAAACAAUCACUGCAGCAGGCGAGGUUACUCCAACAGCAAGAGGACGAACAUGAAGCUGACGGCGAGGAAGACGACGAUGAAGAGGAGGACGAGCAGGAGGAUGUGUGGAGGAGGAGGAGAGGCUCCCCAGAGGGUCGCCCAGAACCGAAGGGACAUGGUUUCUCUGAUGAAGCCCUGAGGAAGAGGGUGGUGGGGAACCGUGACGAUGAAGACGACGAGGAGGACACUUAGAGAGUCACGAGACCCCUGCUCCUUUAAGAAGAGCGUGGAGUCAGCGGAGUCGGAGGAGCCUUGGUCUUGAGCAGCAGUGUUUACAGCAGGGAGCCCUAAAUCUCCCCCUUCUCCUCCUCCUCCUCCUCCUCCUCCUCCUCCUUCUCCUUUGGGCCCCCUCGCUUCUUUUCUUCUCCUUCCCUUGUUUUUAACGGGAUUGCUUCAGGACUCUCACCACCAGGCUCCACCUGGAACAAGCACUCCUGACACCUGUUUUCACCUGUGGAAACACGUCGCCUGGCUGAGGUUUAGGUAUGAAGUGCAGCAGAGAUGGAUUUUGCAAUGUUGUUUAUGCUAUGCAUCGUUUUUUUUUUUUUAAGAGUCAUGUGUUAUUAUAUGUUUAUCUCUGAUUCAUUAUACCAGGUUUGUUUGAGGUUUAUUUUGUUAGAUUUUCCUAUUCAGCUAACGCAUACAUACAUUCAUGCACAUAGUUAUCUUAUGUUACAUAUAUUUAACAAACCCAGACGGUUUGACCCAACUGGACAACGUUCACACUCAGUUCAACUCUCAGUGUACAGUCUAACAAGGAAAGAGGGAAAGAAAUGACCAGGAGAUGUUACAGUUCUAAUCCUUAAGACACCUGUGGUUACCGUGGUAACAGCAAGUGUGGUUUAAAACACUCAAGCAGGUAUUUUUUUCAGAAAUGCAAGAAAAGUUUAACUGAUGUGUGAAAACAGACUUGUUUUGUUUUCAUCAAGCUGAUAAUAGCUACAGCUGCAGUUCGAUGUCGUGCUGCAGACAGUGGCAGGAGAUUCACGCACAGCGGGACAAAGUAGAGCUGGUAACCUUGUAGAGGAGUAGGAAGGCGUCACCUGCAGCUCGUUUUUAAGGAGCUACGAUCAAUAAUGUUGCUGAACAUGACCGCCGCCGAUAAACUGUUGGAGUCAGCGCUAACCUGGGUGACAAACUGGGCUUCACAAUGAAAGCCACCUCUUAAUGUGACGCAGGAGCAGUAGCAAAUGUUUGGUGUGUGCUGCAGUGUUAGGGGAGCAAAAACAGCUAAUUAUGGGAUCAAAUUGAAAACAAAAACUAAAGUCAGGGAAAGUUUCCACAGCAGUAGAUGGGGACUUGUCUUCAAAUGCAAAAAGUUGACCAAAAACCACCAUUAAAUAGCUCCACACAACUAAUUUUGCAUGAUCCAAGACUUCAGGGUUAUGUUUUUGACGUUCGGUUGGUUCUUUACAUUUUAAAACAAGUCUCCUUCAACUUAAGUUGUUUAAGUUGAUGCUGUUUUGCUGCAGGAUUGUUUGGUGGACUGCGAGACUUCCCCUGACUUUCCAUCGGCUCGACAGCGAGUAAUUAAUGACUGAAUUUUCAUUGUCCAUGGUUGAAUUUAUCCUUUAAACACAGAACAGGCAGAUUUAAAUCUUUAUUUCUUAAUUUUUUUCCCCCUCUGACUGUAAUGUGUGCGUCCUCUCUGCACAGGUACAAAUGGGGCAGGAACCCCUUAGAUAGAUCAUGUGCACUCGCUCAGUAAUAACACCAAAAGCUUUUCACUUUGACUGAGCAGGAAACUAGAUCACACAAGGUUAGACGCUGAAUCUAAAAAAAGAAACAAUAUUCACCUCAGAUCAAAACCCUGGUGAAUGUUGUAGUGUAGAUAGUGUAUGUCUGUGUAAUGUGUCAUAUAAUCAAUCAAUGUGAGGUUUUAAUUUUAUUUCUUUUUGUUGAUCUUGUUUACUUAUGAUUCUCCAAUUUAUUAAAGGAUGUUCGCUGAAAGGACCCAGAUGUGUUGGCGACGGCAGAGUACCUGUAUGCCACUGAACAAUUUAAAAAAAAAAAAAAAAAAAAAGAGGCACAAUUUAGGGACUGGAGCUCCUUUUUAUAAAUUGUCACAUGCAGAGAAAAGUCUGGCAUAUCCGUCCUGACGCUGCUCCGCUCUGUGGAACAGUGAGAGAGGACUUGAAUGAAGUUGUCUUCUUAACAAAGGGAGGUGUUAUUCAUCUUAAUCUUGUUUUAACUGGAUCUAACUACACAGUCACUUGUUUUAAGGCUCAAAAUUAAUCAAAAACCUCGACUUCGGAGGUUAAACGUAUCUAAACGAGUGCCAUUUUGUGGUAUGGUUCCUCACUGAAAUCAUAAACACAUGGCUGCAUCUUUUUUCAAAUAUUAAUGCCACUUAAAGCUGCCUGUAUCCAUUUUAAGUGUGUGUGUGUGAGUGAGAGAGUGUGUGUAAAAGAGAGAAGUGUUUUUAAUACACAUUUCACUCUUUGGCUGAUGAUGACUGGUGUUAUUUUUAUCCUGCUUCCUACUCGAAAUAAAUGAACUGCUCAUUUCAGAGACGGUUAAAACAGGUUGUUGUUUUUUUGUUUUGUUUUUUUUACCCGACCACUAUUAACAGCUUGUAGCGUUCACACUUUACUCUGAGCCGGCUGUGCUACUUCAUUGUUUGAACAUUUCUUUUAAAUAAAGGGGUUAACUCUGA